UACGUGCGACCGCUCGCGGCCGAGGACGACCGUCGCGCCACGCGUUAUACUUCGCUUAUUACGCAGUAGCGACCAUCGCCGACCGCGUGGACACUUCCGAACAACUUUUGAUGCGACUUUAUGAAAACCCACAACUGUGCAAAGUGCUAAUAGAACCCUCAGUGAACUCUUGACAGUGCGAAAAAGUUAUAAAGUGCUCGAACUCGGAAGGACGCCUGAAUUUGCGCAGCGGCCAAAUAUUGGGACCGGUGACGAUCGUAGGCGACACGAAACGCGGUGUUACGGGCCACGUUACAAGGUUAUCGCGCCUCUAGCCCGCCAGUGAUGAAUUGGAAAAUCGGCGUAUAGCUCACGUGGUUCGCGCCCCGCCCCCGCCGCGCUCCGCGCUUAUAUUUAGCGAAAAUCACCUCUCGGGAACGGCCCGACGGCCGACGCUCUGCGUACGGCGCUGUUUAUGAACGUUACCGAGAUACCACAUGUUAUUGGCUUCGAAUAACAGAGCCGAUAACGAGAAGACAGAUAACCUCCCGGUGGAGCUCGGGUCCGACGACGUUCUGGAAAUAGAAAAAAAUCAGAAACGAGAGCGCACUGUGAUGCUAACGGCCAAAGUCGGCACGCACCGCUGAGCGUGCGGAUCGUCACAGCUACCGAAAAAUUCCACUGAGCCGCUGUGUAGAGAGGCGGAGAUGUCUCUGCAGGCGGGUGGGAGCUACACCAACCUGUGGUCGUCGCAGACGGCGCUGCAGGAGCUGGAGGGGGGCAUGGCGGAGCUGGAGCCACUGGGAGAGCUGGCCGAGGUGGGCUUCGAGCCCCAGCCGCGCGCGCGCUCCAACACGUGGCCGCUGCCGCGCCCCGACAACUUUGUCGACCCCGAGGAUGCCGGCUCCAAGAAGAACUCCAAUACCAACCUUUCCGGUGCCCCUCCCCUUCCCACAGCAGUGGGCAAGAAGAACUCCUCACGACGCAAUGCCUGGGGCAAUCUCUCUUACGCUGAUCUCAUCACCCAGGCCAUCACCUCGGCGCAGGACAACCGACUCACGUUGUCGCAGAUCUACGAGUGGAUGGUCCAGAAUGUGCCAUAUUUUAAGGAUAAGGGCGAUAGCAAUUCCUCAGCUGGAUGGAAGAAUUCGAUCCGGCAUAACCUGUCGCUGCACAACCGGUUCAUGCGGGUGCAGAACGAGGGCACGGGCAAGUCGUCCUGGUGGAUGAUCAACCCUGACGCCAAGCCCGGCAAGUCUGUGCGGAGACGGGCGGCGUCCAUGGAGACGUCCAAGUUUGAGAAGAGAAGAGGGAGAGUCAAGAAGAAGGCGGAGGUGUUAAGAAAUGGUGCCACAGCCGACGCUACUCCCAGCCCCAGCAGUUCCGUCUCUGAAAGUCUCGACAUGUUCCCAGAAUCACCGAUGCACAGCAGCAAUUUCCAGCUGUCGCCAGCGAACGCGGAGACGUUCCGACAGCGCGCGUCGUCUAACGCGUCGUCCGUUGGCCGCCUGUCGCCGAUCCCGUCGCUCAUCGCUCAGGAGUCGGACUGGGUGGACUACGCGGCGAGUACCGACUACGGGACGGACUACACGAACACGGAUUUCCAAGAGUACGCUCCGGCGGCCGAGCUGGCGGGGUCGCUGGCUGACUCAAUGAAGUUGCAGGGAGCCGAUCCAUUUCUAAACACGUACGUGCCAACGACGUCAUCAUCAUCGACCGGCUACCGCUACUCGUACUCGUGCCCGCAGCACCUGCACGGUGGCUGCGCGUGCGCGUCGAUGUUCAGCCACCCCGCGCAUCCCGCGCAUCCCACGCAUCCACACGCGCUGGACCACUUCGUCAGGCCGCCGCCACCGGCCGACCCUGCUGAUAUUAUGCAUACAGAAAACAGCCAAACGCAGAUGGUAACAACGUCGGACGCGGCGUUAAUGAACGGCGGUAUGAUGGUGCAGACGGCCAUGCCUACCACCGUCAUGGGGCAGAUCAUGGGCGCGCUCAACACGGGGCUCGUUGAGGACCUCAACCUCAACAUUGAGUCGCUGGAGCACAGCUUUGACUGUGAUGUGAAUGAGGUGAUAAAACACGAGCUGAGCAUGGACGGCUCGUUGGACUUCAACUUUCCCCAGCAGCAGCAAGCCAUGGCCGCGGAGGCCGACAGCCAGUUCGCGGCGCCCGCACCGCCCGUGCCCACCACGCUCUCCGGCGGCGGCGCGCCCCGCACGCCCUACUCCGCGACCCCCUCCUGGGUCCACUGAAAACCCCAAAAACGACUACACGGACAGUUACCUACUUAUUGACUACCAGAGGUUGUUAUCUGAGUUAAUUUUCCUAUUAAUUUCAGUUUUUGUUACUUCGGCAUUAAAGUCAAGAUUUUUGUUCUAUUGUCAUGUUAACUAAUGUUAGAAUUUUAUUGUUUAGUGUAAUAAGUGGACCGUUACCGCUCGUUGUUGAAGUGUCAAUUGUAUUAGUGGUAGUAGGCUUUAGUGUUAAGCUAGGUGGAAGCUUGUGAUAUAGAUAGGGUAUUGUAAUCCGGGUAGUCGCUUGGACCAGGAGGGGACGCAGGUUCGAUCCUGUAUCGCGGACCCCGACACCAGACAGAGGUAGUUGCAACGCUUUUAGGAUUGGAAAACUUCUGCAGCGGUCAAUUAAAGUGACGAGCUUUUUGUCAGCAUUUUCAAAUUAUGUUCAUCAGAAAUGAACCGCGCAUCAGGAGACCUACUUUAGAGACUGAAACCAGUGUUCUUAAACAAAACCUGUUAGUGACAAAAACAAUCUGAAGGUUCGACAUAAUGUUAAAUUUCGAGUACCAAGUGAUACGUAUUUUGGACGAAGUUUAAGAAUUUUCGACUUCGCGUAACGUGUAGUGGACAAUCAGGCCAAUUCGAACGUGAACUGACAUCAAACCGAUACUAAAAUGAUAUUGGGAUCAAAUCAGUUAGCUGUCGUUCGUGCGGGCGUCUCGCUCGUCGACAAAUCUGAGCAAAAUGAACGCGCUAAUGACGGCUAACUGAUAUGAUUUUAAUAUCAUUCUAUAUCGGUUUGACAGUGGACGCUCGAAUUAACCUGUAUAUGCAGUGGAUUUCUCUUCGUCUUAGUAACGUCGCCGCACUGUCCCCUCCGAACACCUAAAUUAUGGUCUAUUGAUAUAUUCAAGUACCUCUAAAGAACGGGUAAGUGCGUCUGAAUUUAUUUCGGAUGUAGAAAAUGUCUCAUUUUGCGACAAUGCCGUUAACAUAGUACUUAUGUCGCGAUGUCUGUCCGUAAACAUAGCUGUAACUCAGUCUUAUAAAUAGGAUUAUUGGUUUAAAAUUGUAUGCCUGUAAAUUUUGGUUGCAUGUUGCAUAAAAUAUUGCCUCAAAAUUAAGAUGCUGGUACUUUUGCAUCUGUGAUGAUUUGUUUUGUGGGCCAAAAUUUGUAGAUGUAGGUAUAGAACCAAUAUUAAAGAUAUAUAUUACUGAUUGAUUCCAAAGUGAAACCUGCAUGAUUAUUUGUAAUAAAUUCUCCUUUACAAUAUUGUAACAUAGGUACAACUAGUAAAUUCUAGUGUAAAGCGUACCAAUGUAUAUUGUGUAUACAUAAAUGUUUUCUGCAAGAACUAGCACCAAUUAGAUUGUAAUUAUUUGUAAUACGCCAUAUUAUUUGUGUUAUUUAUUAUUUACUAAGAACCUGUACCUCUGAGCCAUAACGUACCUACAAAAAAAUAUUUACAAAUAUUGCUCAACCUAUUUGACUCCAAAUAUAGACCGAAAUCUAUUAUUACGAUUACAAUAAAUUGUUUUUUCAGUGAGUUUCCGCAGGCAUUAUGAUUAAAUCUCAUAAGUACUUCUAUUGCAUUUUUAUAUAGACAUGCACAAAUUUUAUUGGUACGGUGGUAAGAGUAAAUUAUUGCUCCGAUAAUUGUGCCUAUUGACAUGAAAUGUUAAGAAUUUAACCAAGUUUAAUAGCAUCGCGUUUAAGAAAUAAAACGAACCAUAAAACAAAGUGCUGGCAGAAAAGUUGACGCACAAACCAAACCCGUUUUAGUCAGAUCUCUAGUCCCAGAUAUAAUUUCGUCAUCUAAGUACAGGAUUUACUCACUAUUUUAGCUAUAUCGAGUGUUAGCUUAUAAUCUCUACGAAAACAAAAAAAGUUCAUUCUGCGAAUUACCUCAAUGGACUAUUUGUGAUAGAUGUAGCCAAUAAGUGUUCAAUUUAGUAUGUGUAUGAAGUAAGGUCAAUUCUUGUACUUUUGGCGUCCAUUUUUAUGUAUAUUUUAAAACACGUUCGUUUCGUUUCGCCCAUUCAUCAAUUCGGUUUCGCAAGUAAUUUUAAUUUUACAAUAUAAUUAUAUUCACUGCUUCUAUACUUAACUACGUAUAUUUGCAGCUGAUAUUGGUGCUAUAUAUAUAUACAUUAUAUACCUUGUUUGUUUGUGACUAAAAUAAAAUUUCGUUAUUUUCGGGUUACGUUUAGAAAUAUAAUGUACAAAAUGAGCUCGCAUUUUAAUCAUCGUGAGGUGAACUAUUCUAUAUUAUUUAUAUCUUGUAGUUAUGGAUUAGUUAUAUUAAUUGUGACUAAAAGUCAAUCAGUUACUAUGAGUGGUUUGCGGAUGUUCGACAUCGAUUUUAACGUAGGUGUUGGGAAUUAGUAAUCUGCCAAAUAUAAAAUACGUAAUCUUGAGCCAUUUAGAAAAAUCCUAAUGUGUAUAGAUGACGUCCCUAAAUUUUAGGCAUUAUUGAUAAUUCGCGAUUACACUACAGCCGAGCGAAUACGAGUUUUGAUUACAAAACAGUCGCUAGCAUUUUGCUCGGCGGGAGUGUACAGCAGCAUUAGACGAAUGAUGACUCUUUGGAGGUCUCUCAUGAUUUAGUUAAGGAUGUUAGUUAAUAUAUCUCCUGGUUGUUGAAGCAUAUAAUGUAUGAAUUACACACCGCAACGAGACGGGGUAUGUCAAUCCAGAUGGUCAAUUAUUUAAGACCGAAAUAAAAGUCUGUUCCGUUAAGGCAUAGCGUUAAUGUGAAAUUAUGAACUCCGUUUAGGUUAAACUGAUGUAUUUUUAGUCAGAGUUUUGUAUAAAAUAUAGUGCAUUUGCAUUAUUUUUAAAAUGGCUUGAGUGUAUUUGGCCUAGUAUGCAUAAACUUUGACUAAAGACAUUAAUGUAAUGUUAGUAAGAUCAUUUUUGUUCAGAUAGUACCUAUCAACUGCGUGCAUGUUCUAAAUACAUACAAAUGAAAUUAUCGAAUCGAAAUAUACUUACUAAAAAGGCAAAUUUACUAAAUGUGGUGUUACAUAUGUGAACAUUUGAUUAAAUAUUCUGUAAAUAUAAAAAUCAAUAUAUGAAAAUUGUAAUGCAUUGAGAAUAUUUUGCUAAAGGUACUUGACUGUUGACUCGUGUAAAGGGUUUGACAAUUUUAACUUAGAUUAGUGAACUUGCUAGGAUAAUGCACAUUUUUAUAUGAAACAGUGUUUUACUGUGUAAGAAUGUUUGUCUUGUUGGCUGUUUGAAAAUCGAAUAAAUCGAAGUGGAAAAGUUGACACCAUGCAGAGACAGGGUCUACGGGUUUACGAAACUGUUCAAGAGCAAAAAUAACAACUCUUUUUAUAUUUUUUGCUGUGUUUUGCAGAAAAUAUGUCUGUGACUAAUUAUCACCACGUGCAUAGAUUUUAUAUGGAGUUUCUGUAAUAAAACUGCAGAUUUUAUAGUAAAUUUGCUAUUACUGUGACGAAUUUCUUGUUUAAAAGGCAGUUAUAGCAGAUUUACGGAUUCUUCAAAGAUCAGACAUUCAGAUGACUGGUUGGAAGUUUCAAACAUUUAAAAAAAUUGAAAUAAAACUAUGAAAACGGAUUAUAUCGCGUAUAUUGAAUUUAUGGGUUCGAAACGUCGGGAUGUAUUAUAAAUUCAAUAUACGCGAUAUAAUCCGUUUUCAUAGUUUUAUUUCAUGAGUAACUAUCGCGGUAACCGAAGACAAUAUUAUUUAAAAAAAUUGUAAAAAGGCAGUUUACCAGCAAAUCUAAUGGUCAGUUAGCAAAAUGUGUUUUUGAAUGGGAAACCAUCGCCUUUAAGGCAAAUACACACUAGGUGCGUACGCAGCGCGUUUCUGAAUUCCUAUUUACGAGCGUGCACACGUUGACCUAUAUGCAUCUGGUGUGAUUUGACAUUUGGUGUAUAAUUUGAAAAUUAAUAGCAAUCGGCGGCUCCUGCUUAUUUAAAUUGACAUUAUUUUUGACAUAUCCGUUUGCCAUAAUCAACAUAUUGUCAGCCUAGAAAAUUAAUUGUGUUUUAUUGGAUCACCACAAAUCCCAAAAGUUUUAUCGAGAUAAGUUAAUAAUAAAUGCUGCUAUUUUGUACUAGGUAAUAUGGGUACAAAUCACUGUAAUGUAAUUCUCUGUCGAUUCAUUAGAUGGCGUUAUAAUUUAUGUAUCAACUAGCUCCUUACUAAAUAUAUGACACUGAGAUUUCGUCAAAGCAUAUACAAAGGAAUGCUAAGAGGCGUAAAGUAGUAUAAAAUAUUGUAACCGCAAAUUUACCGCUGCUAGGUUGUCGAGCGCUAACAUUUGACAAAAUGCGCGCUUUUGACAAGCUACAAUUGGCUACUUGACAGUUUUUGACGCUAUAAAUCGAUGAACACAGGUAGCAUGCACGAAAAAGUGUCACGUUGUGGACAAAUCUCCAUGGUAACGUUGUGGAUAGAUCUCCAUGGUAACGUUGUGGACAGAUCUAUUUGCGGAUUUUUUAAUUCGACGCCACUUUUGUUCUACACGCAGUGUCAUAUUGCGGUGUCGAUUUUGGCUUCAUUUGUGUGACGUAACACAAAAAAAUUCACAUACACUUUUUUUGCAAUUAACUCAGGUAACACUUGAAAAUUUUGUUUCACAAAAAGUAACUACGGUGUGCAUGCACGUUUAGUACAUUUCCCUUGUUUGUAGUUAGUGAUUUGAACGGAGAUUAUUAACAGUAGGUAUUUACUUUUAACUACAAUAGCUCACAACUAAGGACAAAUGGUAAUUAUGGCAAACGCUGUUUAUUAAGAUGACAUAAUUUAUGCAACACAAUAGUAACCCGUCCGCUCGAUAUGCAUCGAAAUUUAAUAAUUUUAGAAUUGAAAAUGAUUAAGUAAGAGUGAGUAGUUAGUUGCAAUAGCCCAUUUGUCAACCACAAGGGGUACUUAGCAAGUAAUAGAUAAUAUAUUUUAAUAUUAGACCACGGUAAUGCAUUGUUAGUCUAGGGACUGCUGGAUACUAUAUUUUAGUACCAACAUGCCCCAGUUAUGUAUAAAUUAUUUUGUACAUGUUAAAAAUUUUUGUUCGCAUAAUUAUGUUUAUGUCGUAAAAUCUACAUUAUUUUUGUUAUAUUUUUCAGUUGCUUAUUAUAUUAUUAUUAAUUUUACGACAGAAAUGUGAAAAACGUAGUUUAAUAAUUAGGAAAAUAUGUGUUUCAGUGUAAAUAUGAUAGACGAAAACAUGUAUGUAGAAGUACAUAAAUCCUAUUUAUGUAUUAAAUUUGAUAUUGUUUUCAAAAUUGCA